CCAGCCUCCCUCCCUCGCUCGACUCCCCCGCCGCCGCGGCCGCUCCGCCGUUUCGAAUCCUCCGGUGGCCGCUUCCCAAUUCCCAUCGAGGAGGAGGAGGAGAUAGCCCUCGCCGCUCCGAUCGGAUCCCGUCAUGGGUGCGGCCACCCGCGCCCAAGCGAAGCGGAAGAGCUUGCAGCAGCAAUCGGGCGGCCAUGAACCGCCGCCGCGUGCCGGAGGCGGAUGCCCCGGCCCCGAUCUGAUCAGCCUUCUCCCCGACGAGGUCCUCGGCGACAUCAUCUCGCUCCUCCCCACCAAGGAUGGCGCGCGCACGCAGGCGCUCUCCGCCCGGUGGCGCCCGCUCUGGCGCUUGGCGCCGCUCAACCUCGCGACCCGCGGCGGCUCGGAGGACGCCGACGAGGCCGCCGUCUCCCGCGUCCUCGCCGCGCACCGGGGCCCCGCCCGCCGCUUCGCCGUCUCCAACCUCGCGCUCGCCGGCCUCGACGCCUGGCUCCGGUCCCCGGCCCUCGACCGCCUCCAGGAGCUCGACGUCGCCUUCAGCCCCGCUGCGUGGCCCGCGCCGGCGCUGCCGCCUUCCGCCCUGGCGCGCUUCUCGCCCACCCUCCUUGCCGCGCGUCUAGGCUUCUGCCAGUUCCCCGACGCUGCCGCCGGCCAGGGUCAGGCCCACUUCCCCAGCCUCCGGCACCUCGCGCUCCGCGGCGUCACGUCUCGGAGCACUCCUUGCACGCCGUGCUCGCCGGCUGCCCUGCCCUCAACAGCUUGGUGCUCAGAUACAGCUGCGGCUUCCGCCGCCUCCGGAUCAACUCCCCGAGCCUCAGAUGUUUCGCCGUGCUUUACCAUUAUCUCCCAGGCACUGAACUCAUGCUGCAGGAACUCAUUCUUGAGGACACCCCGUGUCUUGAAACACUGCUCCAUUGCGGAACAUUUGGAGAUGAUGGCAUGCGUGUCUCAGUAAUUUCAGCGCCAAAAUUGAAGAUGUUGGGUCGCCUCACGGAUAGAAUCGGCAGAUUCGAGUUCGGUGCCACUGUUUUUCAGGGAUUUCACCUCAUUAGACUGGCAACCGUGAUGAGGUCCGUGAGGGUCUUAGCCCUCUUAGAUUCUAAUCUUAGCCUGGAUGUGAUUAUUAACUUCAUGAGAUGCUUCCCAUGCUUGGAAAAGUUGUACAUAAAGACGAAUGCUUCGGGCAUGGAAAACACACAAGCCAAUAAACCCCUAGAUCUUAUAGAAUGCCUUGACCUCCAUCUGAAGAGGAUAGUGAUGGGCUUUUAUACAGGCAAUAAAUCACAUGUUGACAUUGCCUCGUUCUUUAUUUUGAAUGCGAGGGUGCUGGAGUCGAUGAUACUUGUUGCUGAAACUUAUCAAGUGCGAAACAUGACGUGGGCUGAAAAUCAGUGCAAGCAUCUCCAGCUAGAGAAUCGGGCUUCUAGUGCUGCUCAGAUUGAAUUUGCAACUUCUCACUAUUUCAGUUGCCCUCAAGACAUCCAUGAGUUGUCAGAGCCCUUUGAAUAUGUACUUUAAAAUUUCAAAAAUAGCUCUUCCAGUUACUCUACUUUGUGUUGCUUUAACCAAAUUUUUUAGUUCACUUUGCUUGUGAAUAUUUGGACAACGUUUUUGAGCUAUAUUAUUUGCCUUUGAAUUGCCAGAUUACCUGUAGAAUACAA